AUGAUUUUAUCCAGGAGGUGUCCCACGACGCUGCUAGUGUCUUUCGGCUGCAGUAUGCUGUUUUUGUUGUUGCAAACUCUCGUUACAGUGCAGAGUCAUGCCCUGCCGGAGACAGUCGAGCGAAAGUUCGAAACCGAUGGCGGUCUGAAUUUGGUGGAAGCCCCUGCCUUGGCCCUGCAGCAACCAAGUGACAGUGAAACCGCCCCCCAACUCAGUGCCAGCAGCCGGUCACAACCGCGGGCGCGACAACUAGAUCUAGAUCGAAUGGAUUCGUUGUCGCAGCCGAGUGCAAGUGAAAUUAUCAGGAGUAAGCGGUGGAAGUUGCAGAAAAUUACCCCACCGGGACGGAGUCGCAUCAAUAAUCGGUCGAUGACCGCAUUUAACGAGAUGGAUAGCGGCGAGUACAGUGACGAUCAGAACCUGGAGCAGCAGCAUCAGUACCACCACCAGCCGGCUACCAGGCACUGGAGUACGGCGCUGCAGGUGCACCGGAGUUUGGACACCGCGAACGACGAGGACGACCAAGAGGAGUCAAGGAUGAUUGAGGAAGCACGGUUCAAGAAGAAGAAGAAGAAGAAGGAGGAGGACGAGUAUCUGCUGGAGGCUCUGCUGGUAGAUGAGCUAUCGGCCUCGCUGGAAGAUGACGACGAUAUCGACGCCAACCCGGAGGCUCGUUUCAAGAAGAAGAAGAAGUACCACCUGAAGCACAAGUACAAAAAAUUCCUGCUCCCGCUGCUGUUGGCCUACAAGCUCAAGUUCAUGAUGCUGUUCCCGGCCAUAAUCGGUGGGCUGGCGCUGCUGGUCAAGGCUGCCGGUUUGGCUGGAUUCUUCUUUGCGCUGUUCGCCUCGGUCGUGAGCUUGCAGAAAUCCCACUAG